AUGGCGCCCACGGAGGGCGACGUUGUGCAGCCAGCACCUUCGAAGAAGGUGCGGUUAGCCUGUCGUCGAUGCCGUGCUAAACGUGUGAAGGCGAGUAAUUUCCAGCGGAUUAGUGUCCCGUGUGUUGAUGUCGAUGGCCGGAACAAUGGACUAUCCAUCCCACGAGACUUCAUCACACGAUGUUACGCCAGGAUUAACUGGCUUGAACAAAGACUGAAGGAGAUCGACCCUCAGUUCGAUUUAUCUCAAGGGCCCGCAGUCGACAUGACUAGCGCGGAUGAAACAACCACCCCUCAUCGUCCUGCAAUAUCUACCAGCGGGACAGGUCAGGAGCAUGCACAUGCCCCGCCACCGGUACUCGAAUCUGUUGAUCACCCCCUUGUGGAAGGUACCACGUCUUCCAAGCGCUCGUAUUCUAUGACAGAGGGGCCAGAGGUGGAACAGCCCAUUUUCGUUGAGCUGGGCAUGCUCUCCUUGCACUCCGAUUCCCGACAGAAACAUUAUCUAGGAUCGUCAUCUGGUCUGCUUUUCACGAGACUGAUUGGAAUCGACAGCGAGCGAAGUUCUACUGCGAGCCCUGAGUUGGUAUCGACAUCCUCUCGCAGUGGUCAUCGUCGUCGGUUGGCCCCUGGUCGUAGCCAGUCACGCGAGGCCUACCAGGCUCUCUAUGACCGUUUAAGAGAGGUAAUCGUGCAGAAUGUCGCUGUAAUAUUCGUAGCUUGUGGUGCUAAUCACCUCGGAUGUAAUGGUCAUGUCGGACCCAAUGGCUGGAUUGAUACUAUGAAUCCUUUUGCCUACAAUGGAAGAUACGAUGUCAGUGCCGGCAACGAAAUCACCCCGAUUUCUGUUUUCACAGCGACUUUCCAUGUCUUUAUGGUGUUCUCACUUGCGGCGACCGUUAUGACUCGGAACAGAAGCUUUGAUCACUCUCCAGAUAAAUAUUAUCGGAUAGCCAUGUCAGCUGCCUCUGAAUGCUUUUGCAGCAUCUCCGUGCCAGCUCUACAAGGCGUGCUGCUGCUAAUGGUCCAGGGCUUGAUUGGCCCUGCGGCUAUCAACAUCUGGACGCUCUCGUACAUUGCGACGUCACAUUGCAUUGACUUAGGCCUCCAUCGGGAGCCCACAGACUACUCCGAACUCACCCCCACCGCAUUGACAAUUCGCCGGCUUAUUUUCCAUACAGUCUAUUCUCUUGACCGCUCCAUAUCAACAAUCCAAGGAAGGCCCCUGGGUAUCCGGGACGAGACCUUCGAUCUACCACCACCAGAGACCGUGGCUUUGUGUAUAUAUCGCUUCCGGGUCGACUCUUACAUCUCAGAAAUAAAGCUUCUAUUCUAUAGGUUGCCAGCGCAAGGGGAUGCCACGAUCUGGCCCACGGAUCUGGUUAGCAUACAGCAACGCAUAAAGACUAAGCUAGAUGAUUGGCUAGCGGAGACGGCAAGUCUUCGGCCGACGUCGAGCAUGCAGGACAUCGAGGACGGAGAAUUGAAAUUUCACUGCGAACAACUUAAACUGGAAUCGCUGUAUCAUUCGGCUAUCACCCUGCUUUUCCAGCCAUCCCAAGUCUUCCGAUCACCCUCAAGGAAUGCUUUGAUUCUCUGCUACCAAAGCUGUCGGAGGCGCUUACGGAUAUACAAAUACCUCAACCAUGAAGAAAAGCUACACUAUACCUGGCGUCAUGUACAUGGUAUCUUUUCCUCUGGGGCCACGAUUGUCUAUUGCUUUUGGGCCUCACGUGACCUUCUGGAAACGAUACCAUUCUCUGAAGCUCUGAGCGACCUGCGCACAUGCUCCAACCUGCUCAGCGUUGGCAGCCAGUGGUGGCCUUCUCUUCGCAGAGGGAAAGACAGUUUUGAUAAUAUGGUAGAUCUCACAAUCAAGCGAUUGAGCCAGCUACAGGCCUUGUCUCAGCUGCAGUCCUCAUCGCGGGCACAAAGACGACGGAUAGCCCAAUCAACCGAUCCAUCAUCACUUGCAUCGAAUAUGGGGUCCAUGCAGGAUGUAGUUGACACGCAGAUGGGGGUACCUGUUCUUGACCAACAUCAUGCGGUCGUAUAUGGCUCUGUCAGCUCUGUUGACGCCCCAGCUGCAGCCGCAGACACUGUACGAACCGAGUCAUACCCGGAACACCAUUUCGAGAAUGGGCCCGACCUAUUUAUAUCACAGAUUGGUGGUCUUCUUCCAGCCGAUUCCGACGAAUCUACUAUUGACUCAGCUAUGGAGGGCUUCUUGGUGGAAUAUUUGCAUGGUGACUGGGGCUGGGAUCCGUUCUCUAGCAGCAUGGUAAAUCCAGAGUACCCAUGA